AUGUCAAGGCCGCCGGAACAGUCAGUCAGUGACAAAGCCAUGGAACCAACGUCCACAAAUUCCCUCUCGUCGGAGGAACAGCAUGGUGGGCUUCCAGGCAACCAGCUCCUCAAACAUGCGCGCUCAAAGGUUGACAGACGUCUCCUGAUAUGGUAUGCCUUCGUAUACUUGAUCAUGAGGAUCCACGUCUCCAAUAUCACCAACACGGCCAUUAUCAACCUCGAGGAAGGCACAGGAAUCAAGAAACAGCUUGGAAACCUUACGAGCUCGCAAUGGGCUUGGGCACUGAGUAUCUUCUACUACCCGUAUAUGUUCUUUGAGCCGGUGGCGACGCUCGCGCUGAAGAGGUUCUCGCCUUCUCUGUGGAUGAGCAGAAUCAUGAUCACUUGGGUUUGGGCAUUGCGUGACUAUACCUUGGGAUUGGUAGAUGCUGAUAUUGUGGACAGGGUGUUAUCUCAAUGUGUCAAGGUGCUACCCAGAAUUAUGCAGGCAUUUUGGCAUGCAGGUUCUUCCUGGGAGCAGCUGAGGCUGGUUUCUACCCUGGCGUUUUGUAAGAUCUUAAGUUCUUCUCGAUCUACCCAACGGCUGGGUGAACAUGCGUUCUUCUACGCAUGCGGCAUGUUCUCUGGGACUGUCAGUGGCUUGCUCGCAUAUGCCAUAUCGUUUAUGAACGGAGCCGGUGGGCUUGCUGGUUGGCGGUGGGUCUUCAUCCUCGAGGGUCUUCCCGUUUUAUUUUGUGCGGUAUAUACCUUUUUCUUCCUGCCGAAUUAUCCCGAGACUGUGAAAUUCCUCUCAAAGGAAGAAAAGGGGGCAAUCCUAGCGUCCUUACCAGCGGAAGCACCAACCAUGAACGCAAAGACGUGGGAUUUCUCACAGGUUAAGAGUCUAUUCAAGGACCCGACCUUUGUUCCGUUCCUCAUGAUAUGGAUCACUCACGGCAUCGGAGGCUGGGGAAUCUCGUUCGUCUUGCCCACUGUCAUCUACGAGCUCGGAAUCUCGGGAACUGCCAACUCGCAGCUGAUGACGAUGCCACCGUAUACAAUGGUCUUCAUCAUCCUCUGCGGCCUUGCAUACUUCAUCCACACAAAGCGGCUCAGCCCGUGGGUGGCUGGGCUUGGUGUCGAGAUACUCCAGAUUAUCUGCUAUAUCCUGUUGAUCACGGUGAAGCACAAGGUUGCGAAGUAUAUCUUCGUCAUGAUAGCAACCGCUGCUUCUCAAAGCUUCUUUGCGAUCAUAUGGCCAGAGCGAAUACGCGCUGCUAGAGGCACGACGACUGCUGGGCUUGCGAUUGGAGUGACAAACUGGUCAGUAUAUGCGGGUGAUUCGAAUCACCGCGGCUGUCUCAAGAAUCAAGCCACUAACAACGCCAAAAGGGCCCUCAAAUUUAUCAAUCGAAAUUCGGUCCGACAUAUAGGGUGA